AACCAGGCAUCACCAUAGAUCACUUCUCUCGCUUACAACACCACAUCAAGAUCGUGCCGCGAGCAUGGGCGCAUUACUGUCAAUCCCGCUUUUGGCUGUCCCGUCGGUGGGAACUUUGCUCUCGUUCGCCGCAAGCUGCUGCGGUGCAGCGACAUGCUCCGCCGUUUGCAGCGCAUGCGGCAAUUGCCAGAACUCCAUCCUCACCCGAAUCGCAUACGCCUUGAUCCUCCUCGCCAACUCCCUCCUCUCAUGGCUCAUGCUCACCGACUGGGCCGUGAAACGACUACAGCACGUCCUCCUCGACUAUGUCUCCAUCAACUGCGCAGGCAAUGCAUGCUUUGGGUUUGCGGCUGUGCACCGCGUGAACUUCGCUCUUGGGCUGUUCCACUUCAUCCUGGCAGUCUUACUAUUGGGUGUGAACAAUAGCAGAGACAAGCGAGCACCAAUACAAAACGGUUUCUGGGGUCCGAAAAUCAUUGCUUGGGUGGCCUUGAUCGUAGUCACCUUUCUGAUCCCGAAUCGGUUCUUUGAGGUCUGGGGCAACUACGUUGCGCUGAUUGGUGCGGUUCUUUUUCUGCUCCUAGGACUGGUGCUCUUGGUCGACUUGGCGCAUACCUUUGCCGAAUACUGCAUUGAGAAGAUUGAAGACACCGACUCUGGGUUAUGGCGCGGCAUCCUAAUUGGCAGCACGCUGGGCAUGUAUCUGGGAAGCAUCGCGAUGACUGUCGUGAUGUACAUCUUCUUUGCACACUCUGGAUGCAGCAUGAACCAAGCAGCGAUCACUGUCAAUCUUAUUCUCCUCCUCGCCAUCAGCAUCAUCUCCAUUCAUCCCGCCGUCCAAGCAUCCAACCCGCGCGCCGGUCUGGCACAAGCAGCGACAGUCUCUAUCUACUGCACUUACCUCACCUUCAGUGCCGUAGCGAUGGAGCCAGACGACCAGCACUGCAACCCUCUCGUGCGAGCGACGGGCACACGCACAGCGAGCGUCAUUAUUGGCGCAAUUGUCACGUUCGUCACAUGUGCAUACACCACUACUCGCGCUGCAACCUACGGCCUCGCCCUUGGGACUGGCAAGCCCGCUGGCUACUCACCCGUCGACACCGAGGAAGACAGCCACGGGCUUGUGGACACGCAGCCCGAGAGUCGACGUGCUAUGCGCCAAGAGGCGUUGCGUCGCGCAGUGCAAGAAGGUGUCUUGCCCGCCUCAGCGCUCGACGAGGACGACGAGGACGAGGAUGAUCCUCGUACUGGUGUGCACAAGAACGACGAUGAGAAGAACGGCACGCAGUACAACUAUGCGCUGUUCCACGUCAUCUUCAUGCUCGCCACUGCAUGGGUGGCCACACUCCUAACGCAGAACAUUGGUGGCGAUAAGAAUAUCGAGAAGGGUGACUUUGUGCCUGUUGGCCGCACCUACUGGGCGAGUUGGGUGAAGAUUGUCAGCUCGUGGGUGUGCUACGGCAUUUUUGGCUGGACGCUGGGCGCACCGGUCUUGAUGCCGGACCGGUUUGACUAUUCCUGAAAGUUUGAUUAACAGUAUAUAUUACGCAAGCCGUUCUGCCG